AUGGCCGGCGCGAUGGCGGCCCACAUGGACGCCGGCGCCGUGGCCACCCACCACGAGCGCGUCUUCGAGUUCCUGCUGAGCGCCCUGGGCCUGCGGGAGAGGGCCCCGUGGCCCAUGGCGCAGACGGCGGCCGUCGAAUCCGCCUGCGUGUCGGCGUUCCUAUCGCUCGUCAUGAAGCUCAGUGAGCGGCAGUUCAGGCCACUGUUCUCGAGGCUGCUGGAGUGGUCGGGCAGGAGCGGGGUCGGCGCGGUGCCCGAGGGCCGGCGCGCCGCGUUCUACCGCCUGGUGGCAGCCCUGGCGCAGCGGCUGCGGUCCAUGUUCGCGCCGUACUUCAGGCACGUGCUGCCCGAUGCGGUCGAAAUCCUCUCCCGGCACAAGCCCCCGACUGAGAAGAAGGUCAAGAAGCGGCGCAAGGCGGGCGCGGAGGAGCCGCCCCUGGCCGAGCGGCAGACGGCCUACCUGCUGGUGUUGGAAGUUGUGAGAUGCAUACACCGGUGUUGCCAGUACGACAACGUGGGCCUUAUGGACCAAGAUCGGUUUGAGGCCGUGUUCCCCGGCGUGGUGUGCCAGUUGCGCGGGCCGGAGCCCGAGCGGGAGGUGCUGGAGGGCCUCGGCGAGGGGCUGGAGCCGGAGCUGGAGGGCGGCCUGGCGGCUGCGCGGGAGGAGGGCGCGGAGACGCUGGGCGUCGCGGUGGUUGGGUGCCUGGCGCAGAUGGCGGUCGUGGGCGGGUCGGACGCCAUGUGGAAGCCGCUGAACCGCAAGGUUUUAGUCACUGCAAGGAAGGGUGGGCGUCGGACAAGGUUGUUGGCGCUGGCAGUCCUUCACGAACUUGUGGACAGGCUGAAGGACGAGUAUCUGCCACUCGUCCCUGAGACGCUGCAGUAUCUGUCUGAACUCCUAGAGGACAGUGACCAAAUGGUGGCCAACAAGACCCGUAAGGCUAUCAAGGCGAUGGAGGAGCUGUCAUCUGAAAAGCUGGACCGCUACUUGAAGCCUUGA